UGCCACAUAUGUUUCGAUAGACAACGCAAGAAAAUUAUGUUACUCCCGCGGUAUUUUUGCUGGAACCUCCAACGCUGCACGAUGGCCUUUUACGCUGUAGCUAGUGGGCGGAAGUCUGGAGUCUACGGCUCUUGGGCGGAGUGCGAGGAGCAGGUUAAGGGCUUCAAGAACGCCAAAUACAAGAAAUUUAAGACACGCCAGGAAGCGGAUCAGUUCGUUAAUGGCUGUAAGUCGUAUGUUCCGCAGGAUGUGGCCGUGCCGCUGGGCAAGGGAAAGGCGCCACUGGCCAGUUGGAAGAACAGUAUCAAAGUGAAUGAGAGCCCCAAAUACACAGAGGAGUGGCCCGAAGAGGAUCACGACCUAGCCGAGGAUGAUCUGAAUGCGGCCAUGAACGAGGUGGAGGGAGAUCCCAAGCCAUCUAGUAGUAGCAAUUUAGCAGACAUUCUCAAUCGCAAACGGAAGGUCGCGGCCAGCAGCCAUAUGCGCAACAAGAUUCCACGACAUGCAUCUCAGGUCUCAGAAGCCACAGGACUCAAGCAAGUGGGUGCCUUCCAGUUUGAAAUCGAUGCCGAGGGCUAUGUGAUUGUGUACACAGACGGCUCCUGCAUAGGCAAUGGACAAGCCGGCGCCUGUGCCGGAUAUGGCGUUUAUUUCGGCAAGAAUCACCAGCUAAACGCAGCCAAGCCCGUGGAAGGACGCGUUACAAAUAAUGUUGGUGAAAUACAAGCGGCCAUUUAUGCCAUUAAAACAGCUCUUGACUUGGGAAUACAGAAGCUGUGCAUAAAUACAGACUCCCAGUUUUUGAUCAACUCCAUAACGCUGUGGGUUGCGGGUUGGAAAAAAAGGGAUUGGAAGCUAAAGAACAAUCAGCCUGUUAAAAACGUCGUUGACUUCAAGGAACUGGAUAAACUGCUUCAGGACAACAACAUUACCGUGAAAUGGAACUACGUGGAGGCCCACAAGGGCAUAGAGGGCAAUGAAAUGGCAGACAAAUUGGCGCGGCAAGGAUCCGCCUUGUAUAAAGAGAAACAUGGUUGAUAAGCAAUUUUAAAUUUACCGUCUUUGUAGUAUGUAAUUGAUGUGGCAACGCUGAAUAAAUCGAAAUAAGUUACGCGACA